GAGUGCGCUGCAGUGGGGGGUGGAAGCGACGCGAGGGAGAUCCUGUAACUAGAUGACGCUGGAGGCUUUUGGAGCAGCUGGGCUCCUCUCAAGAGUGGCGGUUUCGGUCCUGAACAGCGAAAUCAAACUUUUGUUGGGGCUGCAGGAAGUGCAGCUUCGGUUUAAAUCCUUUAAGCAGAGAGAGAGAGAGAGGACCUGCAACCUUACCUAUGCAAAGCAGAGAGUUCUGGGUCUUCCCACAAAGGCCAUGGAGAAAAGGUUGGAAGACAAUUUCAGCAGCAGCUCUGUGAACAUAUUGGGAUACUUAUUUAGAAAAGCUGCCAAGUGCCUGGGCCAUCUCCAUCUUCUCUACAUGUGUGCCUGCCUCAAUGCCGCCUGUUCAUAUGCAGAUGCAAGCUGGACUAGAGGCACUUGCCAGCCAGGGAAGGCUCUCCAGGGAGGCCAUUUGAGGUCACUGGAUGGUGUUCACCUCCAGCUGCUGGAAGGAUUUCACUCUGUCCAAUCUUGUCAAGCUACUUGCUGUCAGAGCCCUACCUGUGAUGCCUUUUGGCUCAAGGGAAAGAUGUGCAUCCAGGUGAACUGUAUAAAGCCUCAUUGGUGUCAGGCAAUCUGGACCAACACCACUGACUCGAUCUUGGUGUUUGUAAAGAGAUCUGAGCAUACGAUAAAUGUCCAACCUGCAGCAGAGAGGAGAGGUUAUCUUCCUAAGUGGCUGGACUGGAGGGAAGGACAUCAAAGUAAAACAAGGAUGAGAAGGUCCUUCAAAGAGUUGCUGGCUUACAGAGCACACUUGGCAGACAUCAGGGGACGCUCUCUUAAGAGGGACACAGGCUCCAACAGCGGAGGUCCUGUAGCCCAUCCUGCUCCAUCUCAGCCCUUGGAUAGUAAAUCCACCCAUAAUGAUCUGACGGAAGCUCCUUCUUCACAUCAAGAAACAAACCUUCCCAGAAACCACAUUGAUCCAGAAAAAAACCUGCUGCCAAACAGUGAAGACUUGAGAACAACCAAAUUCAAAAGCUCAUCUCCCCCCAGCAGCAAUAAUGUGAACAGACCAAGUGACCUUGCUGGGAGUGGCCUCAUGAGGGCCCCUUCUGGAGCUUCCACUUCAGAACCCUCCCUGGCAGCUGCAUUCCCCAGUCCUGUUGCAAAUGCUGAGAAAGUCGAGCCAUCCAACAACACUUCUACCCAGCCUUUCUCGUUGGAGGAUGCCAUUCCAACUUCUAGCAGUCUUCAUGGGAAGGGUAUGGGGGAAACGCAGCUGGUUACUUCUGUUCCAACUGGCGCCCCCACCAAUGAGAGUAAUCCUGUAGUCCCAACAAACCCUGCUGUGCAACCCAGCACUGCUGCCCCAACGCCAGUUAUUAAGAAACUGGCAGUUUCUGCUGGAGACAGUGUUGAAGUGACACUGCCAAAGAAUGAAGUGGAGCUGAAUGCAUACGUCUUGCCUCCACCACCUAAAGGGACUAGCUACUCCUAUGACUGGAGGCUGAUCACACACCCCACCGACUAUAGUGGAGAGAUGGAAGGACAGCACUCACAGAUUCUCAAAUUAUCCAAGCUCACAGUUGGCCUGUACGAAUUCAAUGUGAUAGUAGAUGGUGAUAAUGCUCACGGAGAAGGAAUGGUGAAUGUGACAGUAAAACCAGAGCCUCGAGUGAAUCAGCCCCCUGUGGCCAUUGUGUUGCCCCAGUUCCUGGAGAUCUCACUACCAACUACCUCAACAGUCAUUGAUGGCAGCCACAGUACUGAUGAUGACAAAAUAGUCAGUUACCACUGGGAAGAACUGAAGGGGCCUCUACGGGAGGAGAAGGUAUCGGCAGACACUGCAAUUCUGAAACUGACCAAUCUGGUGCCAGGAAAUUACACUUUCAGCCUCACCGUGGUGGACUCGGAUGGUGCCAGCAACUCCACCACUGCCAGCCUGACUGUGAACAAAGCAGUGGAUUACCCACCCGUAGCGAAUGCAGGCCCUAACCAAGUUAUCACUCUGCCCCAAAACUCCAUCACCCUCUAUGGGAACCAGAGCACAGAUGACCACGGCAUUGUCAGCUAUGAAUGGUCCCUCAGCCCCAGCAGCAAAGGGAAAGUGGUAGAGAUGCAGGGAGUGAGGACUUCAACUCUGCAGCUCUCUGCAAUGCGUGAAGGUGACUACACCUACCUGCUGACGGUGACAGAUUCUGCUGGCCACCAGUCCACUGCUGAGGUCACAGUGAUUGUGCAACCUGAAAACAAUAAGCCUCCCAAGGCAGAUGCUGGUCCAGACAAAGAACUAACUCUUCCUGUGGACAGCACCACUCUGGAUGGCAGCAAGAGCUCAGAUGAUCAGAAGAUUGCAUCCUUCCUUUGGGAAAAAACACGGGGCCCAGAUGGUGUGAAACUGGAAAAUGCCAACAGCAGCAUCGCCACAGUCACUGGGCUUGAGGUCGGGACGUACGAAUUCACGCUGACUGUCAAAGAUGAGCGGAACUUGCAGAGCCAGAGCUCCGUUAACGUCAUUGUCAAGGAAGAGAUCAAUAAGCCACCCACAGCAAAAAUAGCUGGGAAUGUUGUCAUCACCCUUCCUACCAACACAGCAGAGCUUGAUGGCUCCAGAUCCACAGAUGACAAAGGAAUUGUCGCCUUCCUUUGGACUCGGGAUGACGUCAGCCCUGCGGCUGGGGAGGUGUUAAAUAACUCAGACCACCAUGCGGUGCUGUUCCUCUCCAACCUGGUGGAAGGGACAUAUUCAUUCCAUCUCAAAGUGACUGAUGCCAAAGGGGAGAGUGAUAUGGACAGAGCCACAGUGGAAGUAAAACCUGAUCCAAGGAAGAACAACCUUGUGGAGAUGAUACUAGAUGUGAAUGUCAGCCAGCUGACAGAA